AUGGAUUUCCCAACAGAUCCUGUUGUCUGCACCAGCACCUGCUCUCAGCAGUCCUCUCCCUACUUAGCGACCCUCACCAAUAUCCUGUCAACACUCAGUCCCGCACAAUGGUGUCAAUCCUUUUUCCUCUUCUACACAGCUGGUGUGACAGCCGUCGCGCUGCUCCCUAAAGAUGUAAAGGCUCUGGUGGUGGAGUACGGAGCCAGGAAGUCUUCUGCUACAGCGCAGGGAGAGGGGACACAGGCACAGGAGAAGCAGCAUAAAGAUCGGAAAACAGCCAGGGAUAAACUUAUCACCCUCAUUGCGCAGGUCACGACCCUCACCCAGGUCCCGCAUGCAUGGUUCGCAUGGUUUUAUACCCUCUCCUUGGCCUGCUCUGCCUUCUGGUUAGGACAAUAUCUCUACGACGGUCGCUUGUUACACAUCAUAGCUACCGCUCAAUUUAGCGCAGCACCCAACGGGCCUUCAGUCACGCUUGUGCAGACCGCACUCGCCUGGACGAUGAUGCUCCUUCAGGCGGCGAGAAGAGCAUACGAAGAUGCAGCGAUCAUGAAGCCUUCGGCCAAAUCGACGAUGUGGGUUGUGCAUCUGGUACUAGGACUGGGGUUUUACGCGGGUAUGGGAGUGGCUGUUUGGGUUGAGGGGUCGGUUGCGAUUCUCAGCAUCGAGAGCAAGACCAAAGUCUUUGACGACGCCAAUGCCGAGGCACUGAUCAAAAUAGCGCUCACGACCCCGGCCUUUCUGUAUGCCUGGAUCAACCAGCACCGCUGUCAUCGGCACCUGGCAGGGCUCGAGAAGUACUCGCUGCCGAGCGAAGGCUUAUUUUGCCGCUUUGUCUGUGCCCACUACACCUGCGAGUGUCUUUUGUACCUGGCCAUGGCAGUUGGCGCGGCGCCGCAAGGGCAGUGGAUCAACCGCACACUGUUGUGCGCGCUGCUCUUCGUUGUCGUCAACCUCGGGGUCACGGCUGCCGGCACGCGCAGGUGGUAUGCUCAGAAAUUUGGGGCCGAGGCGGUAAGGGGGAAGUGGAACAUGAUUCCCUUCGUCUUUUGA